GUUUUGACACUUCUUAACCUCAAAGAAUAAUAAUCAUAAGAGGAUUAUAGAAAACUAAACAUAUUGUGAUUUGUGAUAUUAUGUUACAUUGUGAAAUAGUUACAUCUUAUUUUGCAUUGACUUAAGUUUGUAUAAUGGUUGCACAUUCUGGAAAUGGUGAUGUAUCUCAAGCCUCUAACUUCUUUUCUGAUUAUCAUGGGGUGCAGCAGUUAAGGGAGUCUCCUAGUCAGUACACUGUAACAGAAUGUGAAUUUGAUAGACUCCAGAAUGUUUUUAAAUAUGCAGACAACAUCCAUACAGCCCAUGGUUUAGUAUACUUGAAAUACUUGCAGGAUGUUAUUAAAAAACAAGUCAUAUCCAAAAUACAGGAUGACAUUCCUGUAGAUAAUGUUGUUUAUGAAAAAGUUCUUCAGUUAGUUAGGGCAUAUAAGGAAAAUGGAGUGUUUAAUAAGAAUGUGUUUUCAAGAUUGUCGCAAAGUCAAUUGCAAAAUAUUGAAAAGGUACUGGAAAAAGUGACAGAGAGAUUACCAAAUAACUUUUUCAAAAGGGACAAACUUAAUAUUCUACAAAAAUACAAUGACAUAGAUAUAGAAAUACCCGUAAAAACAACAAAUAAAAUAUUUUACAUUCCUUUAAAAGAAGAAUUACCAGAACUUGACAAAACUCUUGAAAAAACUAAGAAAUCACAGAAAGACAACUUCUCACUUUUGUAUGUUAAGCCAAAAGAAACAGAACAAGAUAGAUUGAGUAAUGAGACUUAUCCAUUGGAAACAAUGUUUGAGUGUUAUGGACAGUCUAUUACAGGGUACGAUUACAGAGAUUUUAAAACCAUUGUUCAAACUGAAUUGAAUUCUUCCAAGAGUAAUGAUGAAGUAAUGGAAUAUUUUUUGGAAACAUUCGGAUAUGGUGCAAUUGACUUGUUAACAGAAAUAAUCAGGCACAGAAAUGGAAAAAUUGAUUACAGUUCUCAACAAUAUGAAGAAGAUAUAAUUAGGACUAGUAAAAAAGUCCCAGGUGCUAUGAUAGCAGGUCAAGUAACUGUACAGUCAGAAAAAGAGAGCCAACUUUCAAAGAAGUUGAGAAAAAUAGAGAAAAAAGAUAAAUCUAAGUAUGCUUCUUCAGAUUCAAGGCAAAGUGAAGUGGAUUAUGAAAUGACAAAUACUCCUAUAUUCAGAAAGGCAGCUAUACAGCCAAUGGAUGCAGAUGAGUAUCCACAUGUCCACGAUCAGUUGAAGAAUUCUAUGGUAACAACCAAGUACGAAGGAGUUUCAAUAACCCAACCGAAAAACGCAAUAAAAAAAGUUACCCCUGACUAUGCAGAAUUUACCAUACCAGGUGGAUCAAAAGGAGAUGUACCAGACAUGGAUCUGGUUAAAGUAUCUUCCCUGGAUUCGACAGGGCAGUUAGUCUUUAGGGAUAUAAAACAGUUUAAUAGGAUACAGUCUGAGGUGUUUCCUGUUGCGUAUCAUUCUAAUGAAAACAUGUUGGUUUGCGCACCUACUGGAGCUGGUAAAACAAAUAUUGCCCUUCUUAGUAUUGUUCAUCAGGUGAAAUGCCAUAUGGAAGGUAGUCUUAUCAAGAAAAAUGAUUUUAAGAUAAUUUACGUAUGUCCAAUGAAAGCGCUCGCUACCGAAAUGGUAGUGAACUUUUCCAAAAAAUUGGCGCCGAUUGGCGUCACAGUGAAAGAAUGUACAGGGGAUAUGCAGUUAACAAAAAAAGAAAUUGCCGAAACGCAAAUGUUGGUUACCACCCCCGAAAAGUGGGACGUCAUCACCAGAAAAGGAGCAGUGGACACAGAAGUUGUGGGUCUCGUCAAACUCCUCAUCAUCGACGAAGUUCAUCUCUUAAACGGUAGCAGAGGUCCAGUCAUAGAAGCACUGGUGGCCAGAACUUUAAGACAAGUGGUUAGUAGUCAAAGCAUGAUAAGAAUCGUUGCUUUAUCUGCCACUUUACCCGGCUAUCUAGACGUUGCCACAUUUUUAAAGGUCAAUCCAAGAUCCGGACUUUUCUUCUUUGAUAAUCGUUUUAGGUCUGUGCCUCUCACGACUUCAUUUAUUGGAUGUAAGAAGAAGAACGAGAAUGACAUUAUGGAUAACGUGUGCUAUGAGAAAGUGGUUCAGUUCGUCAGAGAAGGACAUCAGGCGAUGGUGUUCGUAACGUCCAGAAAUGCUACUGCGUCUGUAGCUAAGAAACUGAUCGAAAUAGCACAAGUUAAAGGUACUCUACCUUUAUUCGAGCCAGAGAAGUCGAUCAGGGGACAUAAGAGUGGAUACAAGAACGGAGAUUUGGGUUUUUUGGUACCUCAAGGAUUUGGCAUUCACCAUGCAGGAAUGGUAAGAUCCGACAGACUGGAGGUAGAAAGGCUUUUCCGUGACGGAGAACUUAAAGUGAUCAUUUGUACUACAACCCUGGCGUGGGGUGUAAAUUUACCUGCUCAUGCUGUUAUUAUAAGGGGUACCUUACACUACGACGCCACUAAAUCAACGUUUGUCGAUAUGGACAUGUUGGAUGUCCAGCAGAUCUUUGGUAGAGCUGGAAGACCUCAGUAUGACACCUCUGGACACGGAAUUAUCAUAACUUCAAUGGCGAAUAUGUCUAAAUAUAUGGGACUCAUGUUGUCACAGGUUCCUAUCGAAAGUCAGUUUUUGACAUGUGUUCCUGACAACUUAAAUGCAGAGAUUGUUCUGGGAACUGUUUCCAAUAUAAAGGAGGCUAUGGAAUGGUUGGCCAACACGUUUCUGUAUGUUCGCAUUAAGAAAAAUCCUCUAGUGUAUGGCCUGACCUACAACGAAAUAUGGGACGUCAACCAGUUCAAUCAGUUUCUGCAAACUCAACUAGAUACAGCCGCUAAAACUUUGGAAAAGUCGCAGAUGAUUCGUUUCGAUACCACUCUAGGUGAGUUAAGGCCAACCAACUUUGGAAGAAUCGCUAGUUUCUACUACAUAUCGUAUAAUACCAUGGAAAUGUUUUACCAAAAGUUCGAUAGGUACACAUCAGACCCAGCGUUGUUGCGGUUGAUAAGUGAAGCAUCGGAGUUUUCUCAAAUUCAAGUUAGGAUGGAUGAAAUACAAGAACUAGACCGACUACGAGAAUAUAAUGAGUAUGACUUAACUCUAGAUUUUUCUAACAAUGUAGACAAGGUUAUAAUCCUGAUUCAAGCCAAUAUUAGUAGAGCUCCAAUAUACGUGUCCUCUUUAAUAUCAGACACUCAAUUCAUCAUGCAGACGGUCACUCGACUUGCAAGAGCCCUCUUCGAAAUAGCCAAAGACAGAGAUUACGCUUCGCAAGUCUUAAAAACGCUGACGUUGGCUCAGAUGCUGGAGCAGCAAAUGUGGCAAGAUAUGCAUCCGCUAGUACAGUUCAAGGAAUUGAUUCCGCAUUUAAGCACGCAUCGUGCUACGGAAAUCCUCAACACACCAGUUUGGCAGAUGCGGGAAAUGUCAGAAAGGGACCUGGAAAAUGUAUUUCGCAGCAGACACGUCGGUAGCAGGGUUAAACAUUUUUGCCAAGUGUUUCCACAGGUUGAAGUCGAGUUCAUCGUCAAACCAAUUACAGAAGGUGUUAUAAGAAUUAAACUUUUGAUUUCGCCCAAGUUCAAAUGGGACCAUAGUGUCCACGGAACUGCCCAACACUUUUAUGCGUGGGUUGAAGACCCUCAACACGACAGUAUCUACCACAUGGAAUCAUUUGUAGUUACAAAGAGGAUGUGCAUGAGCGAGGAGCCGAUAGAACUGGUUUUCACGGUUCCUUUAACCAAACCACUGUCCUUGGAGUACUUCAUUCAUGUUACAAAUAGCCAAUUUCUACAUUGUGAAACGCUUCAAGUUCUACGCCUGGAAGAUUUAAAACUAUUUACCACCGAUUCUUUCCAAACCAAAAUUUUGGACGUUCAACCUCUACCAAAAACCGUUUUGCAAAACAAAUCCUACGAAGAUCUCUACCCUUUCACACAUUUCAACGCCGUGCAAAGUCAGGUGUUCCAUUCGUGCUAUUUUACCGACACACCUGUCAUACUAGGAGCUCCAACAGGAUCUGGAAAAACCAUCGUUGCCGAAUUGUGCAUUUUGAGGUUGUUUCGAAGAAAUCCAAACUUAAAGGUAGUCUAUAUUGCACCUUUAAAGGCUCUAGUACGAGAAAGAGUAAAAGAUUGGUCUGUAAAGUUCGAAAAGAUCAACAAGAAAGUGGUGGAAGUAACCGGUGAUAUAACUCCUCGGUCUGAAUUCAUAAGGUCCGCCAAUAUCAUCAUCACUACUCCCGAAAAGUGGGACGCCAUGAGCAGAAAUUGGACAGAGAAAGAUUUCGUUAAAGACGUAGGUCUAAUGGUGAUCGACGAAAUCCAUUUGUUGGGCGAAGAUAGAGGACCCGUACUGGAGGUGAUCGUUUCUAGGAUGAAUUAUAUUAAUAUGAAGACGAAGAAGUCUAUAAGGAUUGUCGGAUUGUCGACUGCUAUGGCGAAUCCUGGAGAUUUGGCUUACUGGCUAAAUGCAGACAGGAGAGGAAUCUUCAACUUCAGCUCAGCAGUACGACCAGUACCCUUGGAAAUCCACCUGCAAGGUUUCACAGCUAAACAUUUUUGCCCCAGAAUGGCGUCUAUGAAUAAGCCUUGCUAUCAAGCUAUUUGUCAAUAUGCAACUGAUAGUUCUGCUUUGAUAUUCGUAGCUUCGAGAAAACAAACCAGAAUAACCGGUUACGAAAUGAUGAAGUUUCUGCUGACAGAAAGUAAUCCACAGAAGUGGCUACAUUGUGAGCCAGCUGAAAUUGAAGAAGCUAGAUAUAGGUUAGUGGAUCAAGACUUGGCACAACUUCUUCAGUUCGGAAUCGGUAUUCAUCACGCAGCAUUGACCGACACUGACAGAAACAUUGUUGAGCAUUUGUACGUUAACAGAAAAAUACAAGUUCUGGUUGCAACAGCCACUCUAGCCUGGGGUGUUAAUUUUCCUGCAAGAUUAGUGGUCGUGAAAGGAACGGAAUACUUCGAUGGUGCUACCAAACGAUACGUGGACAUGCCUAUUACUGAUGUGAUACAAAUGGUGGGCAGAGCAGGUCGUCCACAAUUUGACACCACUGGAAUAGCCUGCGUAAUGGUCCAAGAGAAUAAGAAGAACUUCUACAGAAAAUUCCUCUUCGAACCUUUCCCAGUAGAAUCGAAUCUUCUCGAGUUCUUACCAGACCACGUCAACGCAGAAAUUUACAACGGAAACAUCACCAACAAAGCGCAGCUUAUCGAGUUCAUUCAGUCUACAUUUUUCUAUAGAAGGCUUUUGGCCAAUCCCUCUUAUUAUCAGAUGGACGCUAGUUCUACGCCAGAUCUAUACGUUGAUGAGCUGGCCGAGUCGGUCAUUGAAACGUUACAGAAACAUGAUUGUAUUGUUCAAGAAGAAGGGGAAAUGAGAUUAUUCUACGAAUCAACAAUUUUGGGACAUCUCGCAGCUCAGUACUAUCUCUCCUACAAAACCGUCCAUUUUUUGAGUGAAACCAUGCAACAAGACAGUUCAAUCGAAGAAAUGUUGGAGUUGAUAUGUCAAGUAGAAGAAUAUAAGUUGAUACCCGUGAGACACAAUGAGGAUAAUAUUAAUAAGGACCUGGUACGACAAAUUGACUUGAAAUCUUCAUUUGCAUAUGACUCUCCAGCUUUGAAAGUUUUGUUAAUGAUCAAAUACUACCUAUUGGGCCUUAAUUUACCAAACCAAGAGUAUGUGUUGGAUUUAAAAAAUGUUUUGGAUCAGAUUAUACGAAUUAUUCACGCUAUGAUGAAUUUAUCUGCAAGUAGAAAUUGGCGCGAUUGCACAAUAAGGCUAAUAUUCUUCUGCCAGAUGCUCAUACAAGGCUACACCAUAAACACUUCCAACGUCAUGAUGCUCCCUUACAUUAAUCACGAAAACUUUAGGGAUUUGAGAAGCCAGUUAUCAAAUCGAGGAGUUAAAAUUGAUAACUUCAAUGUACCUACAAUACGCAGCCUAUUGGCAAACGACAAAAAUCUUAAGUAUGCUCUUGAAGAUAUUUUAACCGGAAUGUUCGGAAACGCUUCAAGAGAGGUGAUGAAGACGUUGAACGACUUGCCUUUGUUGACCAUUAGAACAACCAUUAUUAACACCACGAAUAAAGAAACGGUUCCAUGUUUGAUGGAGGACAACUUUUACAACGUUAAAGUAAAUGCAAACGCUCAGUGUAUGUUCGAACUAACCGUCUCAAGACAAGGCUCCAGUAAAAUGAACGUCUACAGCAAGAAGUUCAAUAAACAGAAAGAAGAGUUUUGGUUUUUGAUCUUCAUCGAGGAAAACGAACUGACCUUCAGGAAAUUUUCUUUUUCGAAACAUCUGAAGAAAAUUGUUAUGCCAGUGCAGAUUCCAGAAAGAAGAGGGAUAUACAAUUAUAGGGUGAUGAUAAUGAGUGACUGUUAUAUCGGUCUGGAUCAAGUGGUAGACUACAGGGUGAGGGUGGAAAGCAAUUAAAUUUAAUUUAUUUGUGAUAUUUUAGCGAAUUUGAAAACCAUAGGUAUUUUAUUUAAUAUAUUAUUUGUAUAUAAUUUAUUUAUUAUAUAUCAUUAAUUAA